UAUUUAAUAUGCCGUGUAUUGCAUUGUGGGCAUUUGUAUAUAAUGAAUAAAUAAAUACAGGUUAAUUACACCUUUGUACUAUUACGGAGGGGAUUUGGGGGAAAUUGCCGAAAUUCCGCGACCCGGACAUGAUGUUUUAGUGUUGCUGACGAGACGCUGACAUGCCACACACCCACUGACUGAGGGAGGCAGAGAUGAACGCUACCACCUCCCUCCUUAGAGCUGUCAGUCGACAGCGCAACACCGAGCCGGAAGCAUCGUAGGAAAUAACACAGAUUUGAUAAACCGUAGAUUUUAGAUUUCUCCUCUUUGGCACUGGGAUAACGGUUGGGACACUAGCAUAUUUUGGGGCUGACCAACGAACGCGUAAGAGGGAGAAAAUCUAAAAGGACUGACUAGCUUUCUAGUUUAGCUGGCUUGUUAGCAAGCUAUCGUUAGCUUUGGCCAGUAAAGCCGCUGCUCUGCAAAAGCUAGCUAAGGUCGGAGUGUGUAGUAGGCAGGCGAGCUCCGUUAAAACCUAAGGCAAAUUGGAGUAUCUAGCUAAUACAGAAAAGACUACAGUUGUUUUUGAUUGCUCGCUAGUUAAAUGCAGAGUGUAGGUGAUCAUUGAGAGGCUCCUCUCCCAGCUCCAUAACGAACUGUCACUGACUGAGUGAUAUCCAGCCCAUUGCCACUAAAGAUGGCUACAGCGAGCAUUGCCGCAUCUAUUGCGAGCAAAACGAAGACGAAGAAGAAACACUUCGUGGCUCAGAAAGUGAAGCUUUUCCGAGCCAGUGACCCUCUGCUCAGCGUCCUCAUGUGGGGAGUCAACCAUUCGAUCAAUGAGUUGAGCCAUGUUCAGAUCCCCAUCAUGCUGAUGCCUGAUGACUUCAAGGCCUACUCCAAGAUCAAGGUGGACAAUCACCUCUUCAACAAGGAGAACAUGCCGAGCCAUUUUAAGUUUAAGGAGUACUGUCCUCUGGUGUUCCGCAACCUCAGAGAGAGGUUUGGCAUCGAUGACCAGGAUUUCCAGAAUUCGCUGACCCGUGCGGCUCCGUUGAAUAGUGAUGCUCAGGGUCGGACUGGCGCUCGCUUUCACACCACCUACGACAAACACUACGUCAUCAAAACCAUCACCAGUGAGGAUGUGGCUGAGAUGCACAACAUCCUCAAGAAGUACCACCAGUUCAUAGUGGAGUGUCAUGGCAACACGCUGCUGCCUCAGUUCCUGGGGAUGUACCGCCUCACGGUGGACGGAGACGAGACCUACAUGAUCGUCACCAGGAACAUCUUCUCCCACCGCCUCCCCGUCUACAAGAAAUAUGACCUGAAGGGCUCCACUGUGGCCAGGGAGGCCAGCGACAAGGAGAAGCCACGCCCUCCUGAGGAUGCACCCCCGCGGCCCAAAUCUAACGUUCAGCAAAGGCUGCAAACGCUGCGGAUCGCCACGCGCUUUUACUGCGCCAUGAAACACGUAAGAGACGCCAAGGAGCUGCCCACCUACAAGGACAAUGACUUCAUCAACGAUGGACAGAAGAUCUACAUCGACGACGACAACAAGAAGAUGUUCCUGGAGAAGCUACGUAAAGACGUGGAGUUCCUGGCCCAGUUGAAGCUGAUGGACUACAGUCUCCUGGUGGGGAUCCAUGACGUGGAGCGGGCUGAGCAGGAGGAGGUGGAGAGUGAGGACAACGAGGGGGACGAUGAGGGGGAGAGCGAUGGCGGGAUUGGCACUCCCCCUGACUCCCCCAGUAACACCCUGGACAGCACCAAGCCCCUGUCCCCCGGGGAGUUUGACCCCACCAUAGAUGUCUAUGCCAUCAAGAGCAAUGAUGGUGCUCCUAGGAAGGAGGUGUACUUCAUGGCAGUCAUUGAUAUUCUGCAGCAUUACGAUGCCAAGAAGAAGGCCGCUCACGCUGCCAAGACCGUCAAACACGGAGCGGGAGCGGAGAUCUCCACGGUGAACCCAGAGCAGUACUCCAAGAGGUUCUACGACUUCAUCACCACUAUUCUCUCAUAGCCCCCGGGAGUGGGGGGGGGGGCUGCUGAGAGUGGAGGUGGUUUUUAUCUCUCUCUCCAUUUCUCCUUUAGCAGGGGUGUCCCUCUGCAGCUAAAACCAUCAUUUGUUUACAUUCAUCUUCUCUGUUGACUUGAUCUCUGUUACGCGGGACCAUAAGGUGUGAUAGGAGAAUAGGUGGAUCGUCUCUGUUGACUUGAUCUCUGUUACUGGGGACCAUAAGGUGUGAUAGGAGAAUAGGUGGAUCGUCUCUGUUGACUUGAUCUCUGUUACGCGGGACCAUAAGGUGUGAUAGGAGAAUAGGUGGAUCGUCUCUGUUGACUUGAUCUCUGUUACGCGGGACCAUAAGGUGUGAUAGGAGAAUAGGUGGAUCGUCUCUGUUGACUUGAUCUCUGUUACGCGGGACCAUAAGGUGUGAUAGGAGAAUAGGUGGAUCGUCUCUGUUGACUUGAUCUCUGUUACGCGGUGUUCUAGUCAGUAGUUUUGUCUUUGUUUGUUUUGUGUACUUUGGGAAUAUAGUUUUUUUUACACCACGUCCUCACCCUGCAUUGUUUGUUGUUUUGUAUUCCCCUUUGGGAGGGGGUGGGGUUAGAAUGAGGAAGAACAGGGCUCAGUGAUUGGAUAACAAUAGUGAGGUCACUCUCGGAGUAAAUAGUGCAGGUAGAAGUAAAUAGGAAGUGCACCUUGAGGCUAGUCCAAACCAUUCGCUCGUCUUCAGGAAGUAGGAAGUAUUAUUCCAAUAGGCCGUCGGCCAGACCAUCCAAUUGCCAUUUAGCCCUGCCAAAGCUACCUUCCUAUAUGUCCCUCCAUCCAGCACUCCCUCUAUAUACAAGAGAUGUUAGGAUAAGCUGUGUCUAGUCAGACUGGGAGCUGGUCAGUAGUGCAGUGUGUCUGCGUCUGUGGUAGUGGUAGUGCAGUGUGUGUGUCUGUGUGUGUGUGUGUGUGUCUGUGUGUGUCUGUGGUAGUGCAGUGUGUGUGUGUGUGGUAGUGCAGUGUGUGUCUGUGUUAGUGAGCGCGCUGGCUGAGUACAAGUUAAGAAUAGCGAGGAUGAAGAGAGGAGAAUAGCAGGGUACCUGGAAGGAUGGCCAGAGAGGAGACCAGAAAUGACACAAGGUCCGACUGGUCCAACAGUUUCAUUCAGUUCCAUUAGGCUUUAGAGAUUUACCACAUCAUUGACUGAUCGGGUUUAUGUCAUUCUGGCAGGGUACCAGGAAAGGGUAUUAGGAAGGUGGUGUGUCUGACUUCCUGUGGGAUAGGGCAGGGCGAUGGUAUGAUACCUCAUGGACCUUUGAACCUGAAUUGCCAUCAGCACCUUAAACAAAUUGUUGCACUUUUAUGUUAGAGAUAUGAUCUCUCGUUCUGUUACAUGUACCACAACAAAAGCACUGUUUGGAGCUAUCUAACUCAGCCCCAAAAUGUCUGAUAGGGGUGUAGGAGGGGCUAGGGAAAGUGUCUAGAUGAGUAGUGGCUAGGGUGUAGGAGGGACUAGAGGUGGGUUUGGGACAAGGCCUGAGUGUAGUGCGCAGCAGAGAAUGCGGAGGGGUGCGUUCAGGACAGAUACAGACGGCCUAGUGUUUACCUCUAGUAUCGAACCAGGCUGAACCAGAGUCUUACCCACAUCUGUCUGUAUCAGGGGCCUCCAACCCCAGCCAUGGAGGAGUACUGGGUAUGAAGGCUUUACUCCUGUCCAGCACUAACACACCUGAUUCAGCUGGUUGUGGUCCAGACAGAAGACCUUAAUUAGUUGGUUAUUUGAUUCAGCUGGUUGUGGUCCAGACAGAAGACCUUAAUUAGUUGGUUAUUUGAUUCAGCUGGUUGUGGUCCAGACAGAAGACCUUAAUUAGUUGGUUAUUUGAUUCAGCUGGUUGUGGUCCAGACAGAAGACCUUAAUUAGUUGGUUAUUUGAUUCAGCUGGUUGUGGUCCAGACAGAAGACCUUAAUUAGUUGGUUAUUUGAUUCAGCUGGUUGUGGUCCAGACAGAAGACCUUAAUUAGUUGGUUAUUUGAUUCAGCUGGUUGUGGUCCAGACAGAAGACCUUAAUUAGUUGGUUAUUUGAUUCAGCUGGUUGUGGUCCAGACAGAAGACCUUAAUUAGUUGGUUAUUUGAUUCAGCUGGUUGUGGUCCAGACAGAAGACCUUAAUUAGUUGGUUUUUUGAUUCAGCUGGUUGUGGUCCAGACGAAAGACCUUAAUUAGUUAUUUGAAUCAGGUGUUACAGCAGGGCUGGAACAAAAGCCUCCAUGACUAUUAGUGUUCCAGGACUGAGAAGGAGAACCCUGAGACAGUUAAAGAUCUCUAUACAAGGUUCAGGCCUGAGUUUGCUGUGUGUCAGUGUUUCAUGAGAGGGAAGGAAGGGGCUGUUGUUUAAGUGGUGACGUCAUGCCAACCUGUCAGCCUCUCCUUUUAACCUUGUUGUCUGCCUGUUAUUCAGACUUUUGUCGCAUCGUUGUUGUUUUAUCUCACAUUGAAUUUGUCCGGGUUUGAAUUGAGGUGGUACAUUUUUAUAUUUUGCACAGAUACUAAAAGUAACCAAAUGUUAUGCAUACGAUCCUGACUGGGUGACGUGGUUUUAACAAGGGAAACGACUGGGUGACGUGGUUUUAACAAGGGAAACGACUGGGUGACGUGGUUUUAACAAGGGAAACGACUGGGUGACGUGGUUUUAACAAGGGAAACGACUGGGUGACGUGGUUUUAACAAGGGAAACGACUGGGUGACGUGGUUUUAACAAGGCAAACGACUGGGUGACGUGGUUUUAACAAGGGAAACGACUGGGUGACGUGGUUUUAACAAGGCAAACGACUGGGUGACGUGGUUUUAACAAGGCAAACGACUGGGUGACGUGGUUUUAACAAGGCAAACGACUGGGUGACGUGGUUUUAACAAGGCAAACGACUGGGUGACGUGGUUUUAACAGGGCAAACGACUGGGUGAGGUGUUUUUAACAAGGCAAACGACUGGGUGACGUGGUUUUAACAAGGGAAACGACUGGGUGACGUGGUUUUAACAAGGCAAACGACUGGGUGACGUGGUUUUAACAAGGCAAACGACUGGGUGACGUGGUUUUAACAAGGCAAACGACUGGGUGACGUGGUUUUAACAAGGCAAACGACUGGGUGACGUGGUUUUAACAAGGCAAACGACUGGGUGACGUGGUUUUAACAAGGCAAACGACUGGGUGACGUGGUUUUAACAAGGCAAACGACUGGGUGACGUGGUUUUAACAAGGCAAACGACUGGGUGACGUGGUUUUAACAAGGCAAACGACUGGGUGACGUGGUUUUAACAAGGGAAACGACUGGGUGACGUGGUUUUAACAAGGGAAACGUAAUAUACCUGUUCCAGAGAUAUAUCUAUCUAUCUCUAUAUAGCUCUGACUUGUACCAAGUGAGAAGAAUCUGCCUGGUGUUGUACCUGUGAUGGGUAACCAACUAAACCAGUGACGUCGUCCUCCACUGUUCUAACCCAAGCAAAAAAAACUCCAUAUUAUGGUUUGUUUGUUUUAGAUGCAUAGAUUCUAUUCACAUAUAUUUUUACGUUGCAUUUUAAUCAUGAAAUAUAAUUGUAUUUUAAAGCACCACCGUUUGAGUUAAUGAGAGUGUUGUGUUAUAUGAAGAAUGCUUGUAUGUACUGUAAAACCAAUACAUGCUGCAGGGCCACGGUAUCGUCCUCCUGUCUUGGCUGUUUAGAUCCCUUGUCACUCUCCUAGUCUUAACCCCAUCAGUCUCUCCUUACCAUGCUUUCAACUGUGUUUUCAUCGUAUACACUGUGUAAGAGGUGUGCCUUUAUACUCCAAAUGAUUUCAUUUUGUCUUUUUUAAUGACUUUUUGUUUUUUUACAAAGUUAAAAUGUUAUUUUAAUAAUAGGGUUUUAUUUUCAACGUUUUCCCUUCCUGUGUAGAAGGUGUUUUCAAUAUAUUAUUGUUGAGUCAAAUUGUUACAAUUGUAUUAUUAUUUUGACUAGUUCAGUUUUCAAACAUAAAAACUAAAAUGGCCGUCUCUGAUGCUGAGGUUAUGGGUAGAACUUAGUCAUUAGGCACAGAUGGCGCUUACUUCCCCUAAAUCCUAACCUUCACCAUUAGGAGGGGGGGUGGUACUGCAAAUCUGAACUUGGAUCAGUGUGUCUACCUCUUGGUGUGGAGACUGCCUCUGGGAUGAUCUUAACCCUGCGUCCCCGCUGCUCGGUAGGGACCCGUGUGUUGUGGUUUGUGUGACUGUCGUAAUGGUGUUUGUCGUGCUUGUCCGCUGACGACUUCCUCCGAAGUUUGAAUGCGUCUGAAUUAAAUGGCAUCCUAUUCCCUGUAA